CUUAGGGAGAGGACCGUGCGCGGCUGGGGCCAGAGGCUGUCCGGCUCUGUCCGGUCCCGUCCGGCCGUUGUCCAGCUGCCCGGCUGCCCGUCGGUGCGUCCCGGGAUGGACAGCGCCUUGGCCCCUUCGUCCCCGGGUCCGCCCCCGCCUCCUCCGCCGGCCGACGGCGCCCAGCCGCCCAACAAGUUCAGCGUCAGCCGCCUGCUGGACCUGGAGGAGCGGGCGGCUCACCCCGACGCCGCGGGACCUCGCACCCAGCACCCCGCCGGAGGGGGAGGAGGAGCAGGAGGAGGAGGAGGAGGAGGAGGAGGAGGGGAGGCCGGAGAGGGAGAGGCCGGGCCCGCCCCGCAGGACCCGUCCGGGGGCAGCAGCGGCAGCGAGGCGCAGACCCAGGACGGUGAGUGUCUCAGCCCCAGCCGCAGCACCUCCAAGAGGAAGAAGAAGCAGAGGCGGAAUCGCACCACAUUUAACAGCAGCCAGCUGCAGGCCCUGGAGCGGGUAUUUGAGAGGACGCACUACCCAGAUGCCUUUGUGCGGGAGGAGCUGGCCCGGAGGGUCAACCUCAGCGAGGCCCGGGUGCAGGUAUGGUUCCAGAACCGCCGGGCCAAGUUUCGCCGGAACGAGCGAGCCAUGCUAGCCAACAGGUCGGCCUCGCUCCUCAAAUCCUACAGCCAGGAAGCCGCCAUUGAGCAGCCCAUGGCUCCCAGGCCAACGGCCCUGAGUCCAGACUAUCUCUCCUGGACCACCACCUCCCCGUACAGCACGGUGCCAACUUACAGCCCAGGAGGGACGGCCACCCCAACCCAGGGAGUCAACAUGGCUAACAGCAUCGCCAGUCUCCGUCUCAAAGCCAAGGAGUUCAGUCUGCAUCAGAACCAAGUGCCCACGGUGAACUGAUACUCAAGCAACCCCCAGCUGGGACUAAGCUGCCUUUUUUAAAAAAAAUAAAUUUAAAAAUUAAAAAAAAACCCAAAAUAAAAAAAAAAUACGGAAAUGAAGCCCCGUCCCCCUCCCCGCUGAAGAAUCGUGGGUGAGCUGGCCCGGGCCCACGUGGAACGGGAGGAGGGUCAAUCAAACUCUUUCUCGAGACCCCUCCUCCUCCCUUCCCCCUGCCUCUAGAUCCAAGCGGGACAGGUGAAGACUAUGAUUUUCUCAUUUCUUCCCGUUUCCUGGCAAAUGAGAGCCUGGUGCCAUCAGGCCAGGAAAAGGUGGAGCAAAAUCGUAACCAUGAAUGGAGUUUGUUUUACGUAUAACGCACAUUCAAAGCUUUAAGUCUUCAAAAACAACAACAAACUUUCAGUGGACAAAAGAUGGGGGAAAAAAAGCCAGAUUUUUUCAUCUGGACUGGACAAGUUUUCUUCAAGGUACAUAAUUGGGUAUAAACCCAACGGAUUUUGCUCGAGACCCGUUUCAGUUCCCAGAGCCAGAUGGGUCACUCAAGGAGCCUUGCCAGAAGAUCCCUCAAUCCCACCGUGUAACUGAUCUCUUCCUUCCCCGUAGUCGUUCCCCGUCUAUAAGAGUGUGCCACCGAGACCAGGACCUCGACUUCUGGCAAGUGGGGAAUGGUGACGUUUGUGCUGUAUUACUUGUUCCGGCCGCCAUCUUGUCCAGACACGAGUGGAACGCUCACUCAUCGGAGAGUUAAAAAAGAAGAUGUCAUGGUUUGGGGAUUGGGAAUGGGAGGAGAGCGAUGUCUAGACUGAACCCUCUUGCUCCAUGAGGUCCCACCAAGUUUAUGGCAGAAAAAGUACAGCAUGAGGCACAUCACAACCAAAUGGAAGGGGCCUUGGAUGAGUCAGUGAUGUCUUCCAUCUAGGGAGAGACCUCAGCCAACAUUCUUGCUCCCUUUCUCUUCCAAUUCUCUUUAUUCCCAGUCCUCCUAGUCAGUGAGCCCCUGGGAGGGAAGCAUUAUCUGCCUCCAUGCUCAAGGAGUGGAGGGAGGGAGUGCUUCAAAGUCUGGUGGCCCAUCCUGGAAACCAUUUUCCUUCCCACUUUCUCUCUCCACUCUGCCACCCCUCCCACUUCCCCACUGUAGGAGAAGCUGAAGCUCACUCACUCCUACCAACCAGCGUUCCAGCAAUACUCUCAGAGCCCCCUAGGAACCAUCUUCAAAUCCCACAUUUUUCCUGUGUGGUUUUAGGGGGCGGCAAGCAAAGCAGGGAGGGGGUUUUGUUUGGAGGAAUCUGGAACGGACUCUACGGACAGUUUCCCAGGGCUCCCAAGCUGUAGACGAGCCUGCCUCUCUGGGCAGGGAGAGGAGAGAGAAGGAGGGGAGGAGGACAGAGAAGGAGGGGAGGAGGACAGAGAAGGAGAUCACUAGAUGGUUCUUGCUCAGGAAGGACUUUGAUUCUCAGGAAUAGGGAACACUGGGACGGAGCUCACCAUCAACUGUCUGGUUCCCAGGCAGAAGGAACAGAAGGCAAGACGGCGUCUGAGCUAAGCGACACGCCGACAGUAGGCAACCCGCAGCUCUGGGCAAGUCCAGCCUGGCAGCCGCGGUGACGACGCUGCCCCAGUCACACAUCCUGCCGUCGCUCGUCACCCAGCCGCGCGGCCUGGGAAAAUCGGAUCCGAUUAUCCUGCCCCUACCCCAGGGCUUUGCACUUAGUAAGCGCCGAAGCAGCACAGUCGGUAGGCCCGACUUGUACUCUCCCAAGCGCUUGCUACGGUGCUCUGAAGAGACUAAGCGCUUAAUAAACACAAUCGAUGGAUUGAAAGGGUUGGAGCCAAUAAUCAAAGGCAAGACUAGGCCGCUGGCUGCUUCCUGCGCUGACUUCAGAUGGCUGCCAGGUGGCAGAAGGGAAGCCACAGCCAGGGCUUGGGACACAAGGCUUUUCCUUCUAUCAAAUCCCGUUAUUUCCCUGAUAAAAGAAAAUCGACCGGGCCCAAGGCCCUUCUCCAUACAAUUAACAGAACCAAAGUCCACUCCGUUGUUGGGAUGCCCCCAUCCGGGGAGUCAUGGACAACUAAGACAGAGAAAAACCAAAAAAAAAGUAAUUUAAAAAGACCCCACGGAAAAUAGAAAGUCGAAAGCAAAGGCGUAAGGUGGCCGUAGGGUCUGGUUUUGGGGAGGGCCUGCAUUUCCCUGGAAAAGGAGCCCUGUGUCAUGAGAAACUAAGCUCUGGAAAAAGCCAUAGGGGCUCUAUUCCCGUGGAAAGCUCCCGGCUCUCAGACGUACAAGAUGAAACCGCAAGGAUAUAAAUGUCACUUCCUCCUUGAGCACACACUAAUGAAAAUAAACUGACUUAAUAGUUCGCAGAUGCCUCGCUGGAAACCCAAAGAGGAGAAAAUAAGGAUCUCUCUUUAAGAAAAAAAAAAAUUAAAACAUUUGCUCUUGAUAUUGUAGCCCUUAAUUGCUGCGAUGUUUUGGCAGCUUAUCCAACGUCUGUCACUUGAUAUAAAGGCUUUGCUGAGACAAGAUACAAAUUGCCCCCACUGAAUGAUGUGAGGAAUGCAGAAUUCUUAAUCCGUUCUCGCUCUCCAUUUCUUUUGUCUAUUUCAGUUUCUCAUAAACAGGACCGAUGGGGGAUUUCGCAUGACUUAUUUUUUUGUUUUGAAAUGAAGGGGACUUUUGUACAAACAGCUCUUGGCAUAAGAAUUUGAGAAAUAAAUAUUUUACUGAGUA